GUGCGCAAGCAAACAGCAAACUCAACACCAAACUGCUACAGUGGCGUCUUUCUCCUACUCCAUCAAAAGCACGAACCCUAAUUCCCUGGCAUCCCCAUCGCCCCGCGGCUAUUCUAAGGAGGCUGGAAGAACUUGUAGGAGGAUCCGCGAUGCCCCCGUCUUCCUCGUCUUCGUUCACGAGGCCGUCGCGGCAAUCGGAUUACGCGCGCUUCUCUCCGACCACCCCCAUUGUGAUUGACAACGGUGGCUCCACCUUCCGAAUCGGGUGGGCUGGGGAGUCGGAUCCACGGAUCACCUUCCGCAACGUCGUUCAGAGGCCUCGUCACAAGGCCACCGGUGAUGCGGUCACGUUAGUUGGUGAUCAAGAUCCUGCUUUGAUGAAGUACUUUGAUUGCACAAGGACAUCAUACCGUUCACCAUUUGAUUGCAAUGUGGUUUAUCAGUUUGAAAUCAUGGAAUACGUACUUGACUAUGGGUUUGAGUGCUUAGGUGCUAAUUCAGAGGUCAAUCAUCCUAUUUUAAUGACAGAAUGUAUAUGUAAUCCACUAUCCUCACGCAGUAAAAUGGCUGAACUUCUCUUUGAGACUUAUGGUGCACCAUCCAUAGCCUUUGGAGUUGAUGCUAUCUUUAGUUACAAGUUGAACCAACAGUAUGGAAGAUGCUAUGAAGAUGGUCUCACUGUUUGCUCUGGAUUUUCAACAAGUCAUGUGAUACCAAUUGUGCAAGGGGAACCUGUUACUAAAGCAUGCUGCAGAACAAACAUUGGUGGAUUUCAUAUUACUGAUUAUCUGAAGCAGCUUCUUUCCCUCAAACACCCACAACACAUAUCAAACAUUACAUGGGAGAAGGCUGAGGAGCUUAAGAUGGAACAUUGUUAUGUAGCACAAGAUUUUACUUCUGAAUUGCAGCAGUUUCAGAAAGGAAAUGAAGAUGCUAAAGAAAAAACUAGGUGCUGGCAAUUGCCAUGGGUUGCACCUACUCAAGGAGAGGUACCUUCUGAAGAAGAACUUACACGGAGAGCUGCUUUAAAGGAGAAACAAGGACAACGAUUGCGAGAUAUGGCUGCUGCUCGUAGGUCUUUGAGGAUAACUGAACUGGAAAAUGAACUGAAUGGUCUGGAAAAUUUGUCGCAACAACUUGAUGAGGUGGAUGAACAUGAUGUGUCAUCUAUCUUAGCUGGAACAAAGUUCUACUCAAGGCAAGAAAUUGAGUCCAACAUUAUUAGGUUGACACAAUCUUUGCGGAAGGCUAAAGGUGAGCCUAUUGAGGUUGAGGAGAAAAAUGAUGCUUCAUUGUUGGAGAAAUAUCCACUUGCCAGUGUACCCGAUGAGAUGCUAACCCCUGAACAGUUGAAAGAAAAGAAGAAGCAGAUAUUUCUAAAGACCACCUCAGAGGGCCGUUUACUUGCCAAACAAAAGCGUCUUGAAGAGGAAUCAAUACGGGAGAGACAGAAUCAACUAGAUGAAGAGAAGCGUUUGGAGAAUCCAGAGUUGUACCUUGAACAAAUGCAUGCUCGAUACAGAGAAUUGUGCGAGAGAGUUGAGCAAAGGAAAAAGCCAAAAACAAAUGGCAAUCAUAACUUAUUAGGAGGUGUAGGGCGUGGCGAACGCUUGACUGCUGCUCAAAAGGAAAGGAUGCGCCUCUUAACAUCUGCUGCAUUUGACCGAGGAAAAGGUGAAGACACCUUUGGAGCUAGAGAUGAAGACUGGCAGCUCUACAAACUGAUGAGUAAGGACAAUGAUGAUGAUGACAAUAGCCUGGAUGAGGAGGAAGCAGAACUAGCUCGUGUCACAUGCAGGCUCCAGGACAUAGAUCCAAAUUUUGUUCCUAGAUCAGAUUUAGUCCCAAUCCCAGGAGGAACCACUGAAUUUCAGAAGUUCCGUCCCCAAACUGCAGAGGAUUUCCAGAUCAUUCUCGAUGUGGAGCGUUUUAAAUGUCCUGAAGUUCUAUUUCAGCCCAACAUGAUUGGUAUUGAUCAAGCUGGGCUUGAUGAGAUGGCAGGAAUCUCACUCCGGAGGCUUCCCAGUGUAGACGAUUCGCUGAAGGCUGAAAUGUCAAAAUCUGUACUUGUUACUGGAGGCUGUGCUCUUCUUCCUGGAUUGUUGCCUCGCCUGGAAGCUGGAAUCAGGCAACUCCGCCCUUACCUCUCUCCUCUAAAAGUGGUCAGAGCAUCUGAUCCAGUGUUGGAUGCAUGGAGGGGUGCAUCAAGAUAUGCAAAUUCUCCACAUUUUACUUUGCAGACCAUUAGCAUACAAGAUUAUUACGAGAAAGGGGAAAGCUUGCUGCGGCAGUACCAAAUGAAGUAUACGAUUUGACUUGUUCAUGCACCAACAUGGUUGCCUGUAGAAUAGAAUGUAGUUUUAGUUUUAGUCUUUGUCAUCUUGAUAGCUCCAACUUUUGUGAGCCUGUAGCUAUUCAUCCAUGAGAAUUGGCUGUGUUUCCUUGGACACGUAAUUGUGAAGCUUAAAAGUGAAGAAGCAUGCAGUUUUCAAGGAAUCCGGUUAAACUAAAGCACCAAGAUGGAACAGUUCAAAGUAUGCACAGAAACUGGCGGUACUCAAAAUCUUGUAUCAGUUUUUUGGUUGCUAAGAAGUACAAUCUGUGCGUUUUGGCUCAACAUUCUUUGUCA